GGAGAGAAUCCAAAAGACCAAAAGCGACGAGCACGCAUCGCUCGCCCAGUCACCCUCCGUCCGACCAGCCCGCCUCUAUCGGAUCCGCCCAACCGCCACCCGCGAACCCGACAGCGGCCGCCGGCCCCGUCGCCGCGAGGGGGAGGAGGAGGAGGGGGCGGCGCGAUGGACGACGGCGGGAUCCAGGAGGAGCCGCCGUCGGCGCGGUUCCUGACGCCGACGCGCUCGGGGGGCACCCGCUGGGUGGACGGCAGCGAGGUCGACUCGUCCGAGUCCGCUGCGUUUUCGCUCGGCGACGAGCGAUCGGGGGAGACUGUCUCCGCCGAGGGGAGCGCCGCGGCCACGGGCCCGGCGUCGCGGGUGUCCUCCGGCACGUUCCGGCGCCGGCUCGGCAAGCGGCCCCGGCGGGUGGACUCGCUCGACGUCGAGGCCAUGAGCGUCCGCGGCGCGCACGGGCACAGCAGCAAGGAAUUGACGAUGUUAAGCACCAUCGCGAUGGCUUUUCAAACCCUCGGCGUGGUCUACGGAGACAUGGGAACAAGCCCUCUCUACGUCUUCAGUGAUGUGUUCAGCAAGGUGCCCAUAAAGUCGGAGGUUGAGAUCUUGGGAGCGCUUUCGCUGGUCAUGUACACAAUCGCGUUAAUACCUUUUGCGAAAUACGUGUUUAUUGUGCUCAAAGCUAAUGACAAUGGUGAAGGGGGCACUUUUGCACUUUAUUCAUUGAUUUGCAGGUAUGCAAAAGUUAGCCUGCUUCCGAAUCAGCAGCGUGUGGAUGAAGAUAUAUCUAGUUUUAGGCUCAGGUUGCCAACUCCUGAACUUGAGCGUGCUAUGUUUGUCAAAGACUGCCUAGAAAAGAAGCCGCUCUUCAAGAACAUUCUCCUGUUCUUGGUUCUGAUGGGGACUUCCAUGGUGAUUGGCGACGGCAUUCUCACUCCGUCAAUGUCAGUCAUGUCUGCUGUCAGUGGUCUCCAGGGUAGAGUUCCAGGAUUUGACGCAGAUGCUGUUGUUCUUGUCUCCAUCAUAGUUCUUCUGCUACUGUUCAGCGUGCAGAGGUUCGGGACUGGCAAAGUUGGAUUCAUGUUUGCUCCUAUUUUGGGACUCUGGUUUAUUAAUUUGGGCUCUGUCGGAAUAUAUAAUAUUGUUAAGUAUGAUAUAUCUGUUGUGAGAGCACUCAAUCCGGCGUAUAUAUACUUGUUUUUCCAAACAAAUGGCAUGAAGGCAUGGUCAGCUCUUGGUGGUUGUGUCCUGUGCAUCACAGGAGCUGAAGCAAUGUUUGCUGAUUUGGGCCAUUUCUCUGUCAAAUCAAUACAGGUAGCAUUUACCGCUGUCGUAUUCCCCUGUCUGCUUAUUGCUUACAUGGGCCAAGCUGCAUUUUUGAUGAAAAAUCCGCUUGCUGUAGAAAGAAUAUUUUAUGAUUCUUUACCAGGAGUUCUAUUCUGGCCAGUAUUUGUGAUUGCUACACUUGCUGCUAUGAUUGCCAGCCAAGCAAUGAUAUCUGCAACAUUCUCUUGCAUAAAGCAGGCAAUGGCUCUGGGCUGCUUUCCUAGGAUUAAGAUAAUCCAUACUUCCAAGAAAAUCAUGGGCCAGAUUUACAUACCUGUGAUGAAUUGGUUUCUUAUGGUCAUGUGCAUCAUCAUUGUGGCCACUUUCAGGAGUACCAAUGAUAUCGCCAAUGCCUAUGGUUAGUCCCCCCCCCCCCACCCCCACCCCCACAC